AUGGAGGAUUCCUCUAGGAACGGCUUUAAAUAUCUGUUCAAGAUUUUAGUUAUCGGAGACGUCGGCGUUGGAAAAACAUCUUUGAUUCGAAGAUUUACCAAAGGUUACUUCGCCGAGAACAUCACGUCAACGGUCGGCGUUGACUUGGACUCGAAAAUUGUGAACAUCCACGGCGACAGAGUCAAACUUCAGUGCUGGGACACAGCCGGACAGGAAAAAUAUCGCUCAAUAACACAGAGUUAUUACAGAAACGCCGAUGCUGUCAUCAUGGUAUUUGAUCUUACAAACCAAGGAUCUUUCGCCAGCAUUCCAAAGUGGCUCAUGGACGUACAGCGCUACACGAACAAGAACGCAGUCAAGGUUCUUGUAGGAAAUAAAACGGACUUAAAGGGCGCCAAAAGAAUGGUAAACUCUAGAUCUGCAGCUAAUCUCGCAGAAUUCGAGGACUUGUUGUACAUUGAAACGUCAGCGAAGUGGGACGACAACAUUGAGACUUUGUUCACGGAAUUAGCUGAGCAGCUGAGAGAGAAUGCAAAGAGCAAGAGCUUGAAUCGACUGAACAGCCCCAGCUGCGUUGUUACUAAGAAAAGCUACAGUAUUGUGUCUUACAUAAAGAGACUUGGGGAGAAACUUCCCAUUCAAAGCCCAGCAAGCCUCUGUAGAAUAUGA